ACUUGAUCGUCUUUUUAUCUUAUUGGAUACCGGUACUACUCCAGUUACAAGAAAAGCUGCUGCACAGCAACUUGGAGAAGUAGUGAAGCUUCAUCCUCAUGAACUAAACAAUUUGUUAUCUAAGGUAUUAAUAUAUUUAAGGAGUGCAAAUUGGGAUACCCGGAUUGCUGCAGGACAAGCUGUUGAAGCUAUAGUGAAAAACGUGCCCGAGUGGAAUCCAGUGCCAAGAACCAAACAAGAACCUACAGAAAGUUCUAUGGAAGAUUCAUCUACUACAGAUCGAUUAAAUUUUGACAGAUUUGAUAUAUGCAGAUUGUUACAGCAUGGUGCAUCACUUUUAGGGUCUGCUGGUGCAGAAUUUGAGGUCCAAGAUGAAAAAUCAGGUGAAGUGGAUCCUAAAGAGAGAAUAGCACGUCAACGGAAAUUAUUGCAGAAGAAACUUGGACUUAAUAUGGGAGAAGCUAUUGGAAUGAGUACUGAAGAACUCUUCAACGAUGAAGAUUUGGAUUACACCCCAACUUCAGCAGCUCUUGUAAACAAACAAUCUGCUCUCCAGGCAGCUGAAUUGAUAGAUUCAGAAUUCCGAGCCGGAAUGAGUAAUAGACAGAAGAACAAAGCUAAAAGAAUGGCCAAGUUAUUUGCAAAACAGAGAUCCAGGGAUGCAGUGGAAACCAAUGAGAAGAGCAAUGAUAGCACUGAUGGAGAGCCAGAAGAGAAGAGACGGAAAGUAGCAAAUGUUGUUAUUAAUCAGACUGCAAAUGAUUCCAAAGUCUUGAUUGAUAAUGUUCCAGAAAGUUCUUCCUUAAUUGAGGAGACAAAUGAAUGGCCUUUGGAAAGCUUCUGUGAAGAACUUUGCAAUGACCUUUUUAAUCCCUCCUGGGAGGUUCGACAUGGGGCAGGUACUGGACUUAGAGAAAUUCUUAAAGCUCAUGGGAAAAGUGGUGGUAAAAUGGGAGACAGCACUUUAGAAGAGAUGAUUCAGCAGCAUCAAGAGUGGUUGGAGGACUUAGUCAUUAGACUCCUUUGUGUUUUUGCCUUGGACAGAUUUGGGGACUUUGUUUCUGAUGAAGUUGUAGCACCAGUUCGUGAAACUUGUGCUCAAACAUUAGGUGUUGUUUUAAAGCACAUGAAUGAAACAGGAGUUCAUAAGACUGUGGAUGUGCUUCUGAAAUUACUGACCCAAGAACAGUGGGAAGUUAGACAUGGUGGUCUGCUGGGAAUAAAAUAUGCUCUGGCAGUUCGACAGGAUGUAAUUAAUACUUUAUUGCCUAAAGUUUUAACUCGAAUAAUUGAAGGACUCCAGGACCUUGACGAUGAUGUCAGAGCUGUUGCUGCAGCAUCCUUAGUGCCUGUAGUAGAAAGCCUUGUAUACCUUCAGACACAAAAGGUGCCCUCCAUUAUAAAUACCUUAUGGGAUUCUCUCCUGGAAUUAGAUGAUCUAACAGCUUCAACAAAUAGUAUUAUGACUCUUCUUUCAUCCAUGUUAACUUACCCUCAGGUCCAGCAAUGCAGUAUUCAGCAGUCACUCACAGUUUUAGUUCCACGAGUUUGGCCAUUUUUGCAUCACACUAUAUCUUCAGUUCGAAGAGCAGCAUUGGAAACUCUCUUUACAUUGUUAUCAACACAGGACCAGAACUCUUCAUCUUGGCUUAUACCUAUCCUGUCUGAUAUGCUGCGACAUAUUUUUCAGUUUUGUGUUUUAGAAAGCAGCCAGGAAAUUCUGGAUCUUAUUCACAAGGUUUGGAUGGAACUGUUGAGCAAGGCUUCAGUUCAGUAUGUGGUAGCAGCUGCUUGCCCAUGGAUGGGUGCUUGGCUUUGCUUAAUGAUGCAGCCUUCUCAUUUACCUAUUGAUUUAAAUAUGUUGCUAGAAGUAAAAUCAAAAGCCAAGGAAAAAACAGGUGGUAAGGUACGGCAAGGUCAAAUUCAGAAUAAAGAAGUGCCUCAGGAGUAUAUUGCAGGUGCAGACACCAUCAUGGAAGACUCAGCUACCAGGGAUUUUGUAGUUAUGAGGGCCAGGAUGAUGGCAGCUAAGUUGUUAGGAGCACUUUGCUGCUGUAUUUGUGAUCCAAGUGUAAACAUGGUAAACCAAGAAAUUAAACCAGCAGAAUCCCUUGGCCAGUUACUACUAUUUCAUUUGAACUCCAAAUCUGCGUUACAGAGAAUUAGUGUUGCAUUAGUAAUCUGUGAAUGGGCUGCUUUACAAAAGGAGUGUAAAGCUGUUACCCUAGCUGUGCAGCCACGUUUACUUGAUAUCCUUUCAGAACAUUUGUAUUAUGAUGAAAUUGCUGUUCCAUUCACACGAAUGCAGAAUGAAUGUAAACAGUUUAUAUCAUCAUUAGCUGAUGCAAAUAUUGAAGUGGGUAAUAGAAUAAACAACAAUGUUUUAACAAUAGAUCAAGCUAAUGAUCUGGUAACUACUGUUUUUAAUGAAGUCACAUCAAGUUUUGAUUUAAAUCCUCAAGUGUUACAGCAGUUAGAUAGUAAACGACAUCAGGUCCAAAUGACAGUUGCAGAGACGAACCAAGAGUGGCAAGUGUUGCAGUUGAGAGUGCAUACUUUUGCUGCAUGUGCAGUCGUGAGCUUGCAGCAGCUUCCAGAGAAAUUGAAUCCUAUCAUAAAACCACUAAUGGAAACAAUUAAAAAAGAAGAGAAUACGCUAGUACAGAACUAUGCUGCUCAGUGCAUAGCCAAGCUUCUUCAGCAGUGUACAACAAGGACACCAUGUCCUAAUUCAAAAGUUAUUAAAAACCUCUGUAGCUCUCUUUGUGUGGACCCAUACCUCACUCCCUGUGUAACAUGUCCAGUACCAACACAAAGUGGCCAGGAAAAUUCUAAAGGAUCCAACUCAGAAAAAGAUGGAAUGCACCAUACUGUCACCAAGCACAGAGGUAUCAUUACACUCUAUAGGCAUCAGAAAGCAGCUUUUGCUAUCACUAGCAGGCGAGGUCCUAUCCCCAAGGCAAUCAAAGCUCAGAUAGCAGAUCUGCCUGCAGGAAGUAGUGGGAAUGUCCUGGUUGAACUUGAUGAGGGUCAGAAGCCUUACCUGGUACAACGGAGAGGAGCUGAAUUUGCCUUAACAACUAUAGUGAAGCAUUUUGGUGCUGAAAUGGCAGUGAAGUUGCCACAUCUUUGGGAUGCCAUGGUUGGCCCGUUGACGACUAUGAUUGACCUAAAUAAUUUUGAUGGAAAGUCCCUCCUGGAAAGAGGUGAUGUUCCUGCUCAAGAAUUGGUGAAUUCUCUGCAAGUUUUUGAAAUAGCAGCAGCCUCGAUGGAUUCUGCACUUCAUCCCUUGCUGGUACAGCAUUUGCCUCAUCUGUAUAUGUGCCUUCAGUACCCCAGCACUGCGGUGAGGCACAUGGCAGCUCGCUGCAUAGGUGUCAUGAGCAAAAUAGCCACCAUGGAAACGAUGAAUAUUUUUUUAGAGAAGGUGCUUCCGUGGCUGGGAGCAAUUGAUGACAAUAUCAAACAAGAAGGUGCAAUUGAAGCACUUGCCUGUGUUAUGGAACAAUUGGAUGUUGGUAUUGUUCCAUAUAUUGUCCUUUUAGUUGUUCCUGUAUUAGGAAGAAUGAGUGAUCAGACAGACAGUGUGAGAUUCAUGGCUACUCAGUGCUUUGCAACAUUAAUUAGACUGAUGCCACUAGAGGCAGGCAUUCCAGACCCUCCAAACAUGUCAGAAGAAUUAAUCCAAAUGAAAGCAAAAGAACGACACUUUUUAGAGCAAUUAUUAGAUGGGAAGAAGUUAGAAAAUUAUAAGAUCCCAGUACCAAUCAAUGCUGAACUAAGAAAGUAUCAGCAGGAUGGUGUGAACUGGUUAGCCUUUCUUAAUAAAUAUAAGCUUCAUGGAAUUCUGUGUGAUGACAUGGGCUUAGGAAAAACAUUACAGUCCAUCUGCAUUCUAGCAGGAGAUCAUUGUCAGAGGGCCCAGGAGUACGCAAGAUCGAAACUAGCAGAAUGUAUGCCACUUCCAUCCUUGGUGGUUUGUCCACCAACAUUAACAGGGCAUUGGGUAGAUGAAGUAGGUAAAUUUUGCUCCAGAGAAUAUCUCAAUCCAUUGCAUUAUACUGGCCCUCCCACUGAAAGGAUAAGGUUACAGCAUCAAGUAAAAAGACAUAAUCUGAUAGUAGCUUCAUAUGAUGUUGUGAGGAAUGACAUAGACUUUUUUAGAAAUAUUAAAUUUAACUACUGUAUUCUUGAUGAAGGCCAUGUCAUAAAAAAUGGAAAAACUAAAUUGUCAAAAGCAGUAAAACAACUGACUGCUAACUAUAGGAUUAUUCUUUCUGGAACACCAAUCCAGAACAAUGUUUUGGAGUUGUGGUCACUAUUUGAUUUUCUUAUGCCUGGAUUUUUGGGUACCGAACGCCAGUUUGCUGCUCGAUAUGGUAAACCUAUAUUAGCGAGUAGAGAUGCACGAAGCUCAAGUCGAGAACAAGAAGCAGGUGUUCUUGCUAUGGAUGCACUGCACCGCCAAGUCCUGCCAUUCCUUUUGAGAAGAAUGAAAGAAGAUGUCUUGCAGGAUCUUCCACCUAAAAUUAUUCAAGACUAUUACUGUACUCUUAGCCCUCUCCAGGUUCAGCUUUAUGAAGAUUUUGCUAAGUCUCGUGCCAAGUGUGAUGUUGAUGAGACCGUGUCUUCAGCUGCACUUUCAGAAGAAACUGAAAAACCAAAGCUUAAAGCUACAGGUCAUGUAUUCCAGGCAUUACAAUAUUUACGUAAACUGUGCAACCAUCCAGCAUUGGUCUUAACCCCUCAGCAUCCAGAAUUCAAGAGUACUACUGAAAAACUAGCAGUCCAGAGCUCUUCGCUUCAUGAUAUUCAGCAUGCCCCUAAACUUUCUGCUUUGAAACAGUUGCUGUUGGACUGUGGCUUGGGAAAUGGCAGCACCUCGGACAGUGGCACAGAGGCUGUGGUGGCCCAGCACAGAGUACUGAUCUUCUGUCAGCUCAAGAGCAUGCUGGACAUAGUGGAGCAUGACCUGCUCAAGCCUCACCUGCCCUCGGUCACUUACCUGAGACUAGAUGGCAGCAUACCUCCUGGACAGAGACAUUCCAUCGUGUCCCGGUUUAACAAUGACCCAUCCAUUGAUGUUCUUUUACUUACAACUCAUGUUGGUGGCCUAGGACUUAACCUGACUGGUGCUGACACUGUGGUAUUUGUGGAGCAUGACUGGAACCCUAUGCGGGAUCUACAGGCCAUGGACCGGGCCCAUCGUAUCGGGCAGAAACGUGUGGUUAAUGUCUACCGGCUGAUAACCAGAGGGACACUAGAAGAGAAGAUAAUGGGCUUGCAGAAAUUCAAGAUGAACAUAGCAAAUACCGUUAUCAGCCAAGAGAAUUCUAGUUUACAGAGCAUGGGGACUGAUCAGCUUCUUGACUUGUUUACUCUGGAUAAGGAUGGCAAAGCAGAAAAGGCCGACAGCUCUACUUCUGGAAAAGCGAGCAUGAAAUCGGUUCUUGAAAACCUGAGUGACCUCUGGGAUGCUGAGCAGUAUGAUUCCGAGUACAACCUAGAGACCUUCAUGCGUUCUCUCGAGUAACUGCUGCACGCUGGAUGCAACUGCUGCUAGUUCAGUUACAUUCUGCUGAUAUUCAGCAAACUCCGAAGUCAUGGUGAACUUUAACUGAAUGUAUAAAUAGAUCUGAAGAAUAUUCAGCAUAGUGCUGGCUCUUGUUUCACUGGGGAACAAGUUAUUCUCAAAUAUUUGCACUGUAUUAAAUUUAAAUGGCAAUGUGAAAAGAUUUAAAUUUUACAUGCUGAAUAGCUGCAGACAGGAAGCGGCCAGGUUUCCGUGUGCUACCAGGAGGUGCUCCCGCCGGGAGAGCCACCUCUCCAGUCACUUGGUUCAUGAUGAGAUCCACCAGUGCUGUGGUGUCCGUGAGCAUUUGUUUUCUUUAAAAUAGUACUUGUUUUUAUAAUUGAUUACAAAUAGGGCUUCUUUUGUAUUUAAAAGCCUCAAUGAGCCAUACUUUUCCCAAUUUCAGAGUGACUCUAACAUUAGUCAUCCUUAGAACAUGAAAUGUUAAACAAUGAAUUGAAGCAGGCCCUGUGGCAACCUUUGUAUAUUUAAAGCAGAUGCAUAGAGUGUUUUUCAAAUCUUUAUUAACAUCAUUUUGUUCACUUUUAAAGUAUAAAAACUAUUCUAAAUACA